CGGGCUGGCGCGGCCCGCGGAGGCGGCUUCGGCCCUCCGCCCUCCCGGCUCGGGGCGGGGCUGUCGCCGGGCCGCCCCUUUAUCUGCGGCCAGGAGGCCCCGGUCGCCACAGCUGGCUCCCAGCGGUGUGUGAGGUGCAGAAUGAAGACUUUUCCAGAUCGGACCACUCUGGGAAAGCCUCUGUGUCUCCAAGCUCUGAUUUCCUCAUAAAACAAGUCACCUGCAUGAGAUGCUUUCAGAGGUCUUCUCUGUCCCUGAGGUUCCAAGUUAGGAAGACACCGUUGUGGAUCCAGAUGGAGGCCAGAUUCCUGAGGCUGGAGAUCAGCCUCUAGGGGAGAGGAGAUUGCCUGACCCAGGCUUCCCCACUCAGGUGGCCAGGGAGGUUCCUGUGCUCAGGGAAGAAGUGGACUUAGUCCAUUCAUAGGGGCUUCUUUCUAAACCUGGGACUCUCUGGAGUGGCAGAGCAGAAGAGUUCUCCAGGGCUCUGUGAUAAAUGGCAGCGCUUGCACAGUGGUGUGAUGGUCGAUUUAACUCCGGCCUCCCCACUCACUGGGCUAGGAGAGGCCAGGCCAGAGUUGACUCCAAGAUCCUCAUGCAGGAGCCAGUGAGGCCAGGCCUUAGUUCCAUGCCGCCUCUGGAUAGCAAAUGCCUUCCAUGGCUCAGACUGUGUGUGAAUGAUUUAGCUGGCUAUAGGGGUGAUUGCAGUGCUGCUGGUGGCAGAGACUAGGGAUUCUUUAUCCUGUCCAUUCUGAGGCUGGAACAAAGGUGGCCAGAAAACCUAGAGGCUGAGUCCAGACAGCUAAUGGGGCGAGGGGCCGGAGCCAGGUUAUCAGGUAGGUUUUUUAGUAGAUGCUUGAAUUCAUGAGUUAAGCAACAGGUACCAGGCAGGACAGUUUGUCAUUAGGUGAUGACUGACAGCAUUUGCCACCUUGUCCUGCAAAGGGCAGCUUAAUGCAGUGAUCAGGAGCACAGUUUGGGUUCAGCACAUGUCUCUCCACUUCCUGGUGAGGUGGGUGGGCGAGGUACUUAACAUCUCUGUGCCUCAGUUUAUCUGGCAGGUGGGAACAAUGCUAGUAUCUGUGUCACAGGACUGACAUGAAGCUUAUAUGAGUCACUUAUAUAUAAAACUAUCAGGGGCUGAUCAAUCACCCAAUCACCUGGCCGAGAGUAUUACAAAGGAUAAAAGAGACAGAGGCAAUAAUUUAGAAUACAAAGGGGGUCCAAAGGGUCAGAGCAUUUAUCAGGCUAAGACCAAAAAUCUCUGAACUCUUCACACUUUAUUGAAUGCAGACAGCUUAUCUAGGGAGCAUAUAGGGAGAGCCUGAGAACAGAGAGUGGAGGACACUGACGUGAACAAAGUCUGGUAAGAAACCAAGCAUUAUGCCAUUGGAGCUGGGGAUUUAGCUCAGUGGCAUAAGCGCCUGCCUUGCAAGCAGGCAGUCAUGAGUUCGAUCCCUGGUACCGAUAAAUAGGAAAAAGACAAAAAAAAAAGAAACCAAGCAUUAUGCCAUUGAGUAAUGGGAAACUUAUUUUACCCUUGGGUAUUUACUUCUAUAGGAUUUUGUUCCAGAGCCAGAGUCCUCAGCUGAAACACCGUCUUGCCUCCUGAGAUGUCACAGUGUCUGGGUCAUAGAGACCCCUACUGAGACCAGUGUCCAGUGAGAGUUCUGUUACUUCAUGCCAACUGCAGGCUUGUCAGGUAUGCAGAGGAGGAAGUGAGACCCGAGGCCUGCGGCUCCCACUGCUGCUGCGGAGGACACGGACACCAGGCGUCUACAUUUGCUCUGGCUUCUUUCCCAGCUCCCCGUCCAGUCUUCCAGCCAUGGCCAUGGCAGCAGCCCAGAAGUUCAGCCACCUACUGUCCAGCCUGUGGCACAUUGGCCCCAGGCAGCCCGAGCCCGUUUUCACAGUGGACCGAGCCCAGGUGCCGCCCCUCUUCUGGAAGCCAUACAUCUACGCCGGCUACCGGCCGCUGCAUCAGACCUGGAGCUUCUACUUCCGCACGCUGUUCCAGCAGCACAAUGAGGCAGUGAACGUCUGGACCCACCUGCUGGCCGCCCUGGCGCUGCUGCUGCGGCUGGCCGUCUUUGUGAGGACCGUGGACUACUGGGGAGACCCGCAUGCCCUACCCCUCUUCAUCAUCGUGCUCACCUCCUUCAGCUAUCUCUCCUUCAGCUCUCUGGCACACCUCCUGCAGGCCAAGUCCGAGUUCUGGCAUUACAGCUUCUUCUUUUUGGACUAUGUGGGUGUGGCCAUGUACCAGUUUGGCAGUGCCCUUGUGCACUUCUACUAUGCUAUCGAGCCUGCCUGGCACGCCCAAGUGCAGGCCAUUUUCCUGCCCACAGCUGCUUUUCUUGCCUGGCUUUCCUGCACUGGCUCCUGCUACACCAAAUACAGUCAGCAGCCAGGUUUGCUGGGCCGCAUUUGCCAGGAGGUGCCCCAGGUGCUGGCCUAUGCACUGGACAUCAGCCCCGUGGUACACCGCAUCCUGGUGUCCCCUCACUCUGCUGAAGAUGACCCAGCUCUUCUCUACCACAAAUGCCAGGUGGUCUUCUUUCUGCUGGCAGCUGCCUUUUUCUCUACUGUCAUGCCUGAACGCUGGUUCCCAGGCAGCUGCCACAUCUUUGGGCAGGGCCAUCAAGUUUUUCAUGUCUUCCUGGUGCUGUGCACCCUGGCUCAGCUGGAAGCUGUGACACUGGAUUACGAGGCCCGCCGGCCCAUCUAUGAGUCUCUGCAUGCCUCCUGGCCCCACAAUUUUUUUGGCCUGUUUUUGCUUACUGUGGGCAGCAGUUUCCUCACCGCCUUCAUUCUCAGCCAGCUGGUGCGGCGCAGGCUCAAUCAGAAGACCAAGUGAGGGGGGAUGGCAGCUCGUAGGGAGGGGGUUUUAGUAGGGGACAGGGUCAGGGCUUGGCCCCAGAUGGGAACAAGGCCUGGAAGUUGUGUCUGACCUACACUGACUCCCUGCACACAGCUCAACUACCAGGGUGGCACUGGGUCAGUACUUUGACUUGGGGACUGAUAAGAAGCUGCUAGAGGCAACUUGGGGCCUGCCCAGCUCCUUUCCCUAGAAAAAAAGAGAUGAGGUUGGGGGCCGCUGUGGCUUGUCCCUCAGCUGCCUUCUCUUGAGGAUGGGGGUCAACUUGGGUCAGGACCCAGGAUUGGGGUUUUCAGGUUGCCUGGAUAGAGGGUGAAAUACAUAAGCCAAAGUCAGAUUUGAGCUGGAGGAAGGGGAGGCCUCAGCAGGCCUCACUGCACUGGUGGAAGGGAAAAGGCAGGCCCAAACACCUGUAGGUUUCUUGAGCCUGGAGUGCCAAGCUCUAGAGAGCCCAUAAAAGUAGAUUGUGCCAGACAAUCCCAUUCAGUGCUCUGUGUCCCUGUAGUCAGCACCCCAGACAGUGAGUGCCCCAGUCUCCUAGCUCUGGUCUGUGUCCAGAUUCUUUCCCAGUUUUCUUGUUCGUAAUUCAACUAUUUGCUCAGUGUUUCCUAGGUCUCUGCUCAGAGGCAGGGCCCUGUGGAUCAAUGCAGGAUGACCAAGCCUUUAAUACCAGAAUGAAACUGUCAAAGGAAACACUGGGAUGGGAAUAAUCUGUGCUGCCUGGGGCUUGGGGCUGGGAAGAAUGAGUAAGGGUUUGCAGACAGAUGGGUGUGUCAGAUGGUUGCGGGUAAACCUGUACCAAGGCCCAGAGGUACAGAAGUUCAGUGUGGCUGCAGCUAGGGGUGGACUGGUCUGAUAUGUAUUGGAUACAAUAAAGUGACUGUGGCAA